AUGGCCAGUUCGUACGUUGUCGUCACAAUCACCGCCAACUUCGUGAUAUCAAUCAUUGGAACCAUUGGUAACGUUCUCCUCAUCCUUGCCUUCGUCCGCUGCAGGGACCUACGGACGAUUUCGAACGUGUUCAACCUGACGACGUUCGCCGUCGGAAUGGUUAUCUGUUCCGUGGUUUACCCCUUACAGGGAUUGCUGGAUGCCUUCGUGAUCACGCAGAAUCCAGGAUGCAUCACCUUUCUGUGUAUAGCGUUUUUCGCUGGGAUCUGUUUUACGCUGAACGUCCUUGCCCUGACGAUUGAGCGGUACAUCUCCAUCUGCCAUUCCCUCCAUGCCCCGACAAUCCUGACCAAUCGACGGGUGGCCUUCGCUCUUGGUGGCAUCUUUGUUUAUGCAGCAUUCUGUGCGUUCCUCCCUCUGGCCACGCCGUUGGGUUACAAUGGAAAGGUCGAUCCUACGGUUGGUUGCCGACUAUUUGUCAUCGUGCAGAAGUACUACGUGGCCUUCAUUUUCACCAACUUCUUAUCGCCGGUCAUACCUAUGAUAGUGAUCUACGGACGGAUCUUCGUGGUGCUGCGUAGGCACAUCCGCGCCGUUGUCGAUUUAUCGACCAUUGGACCUUCUGGAACGAGUGAUCAUAUUGAAGCCAACGUAGUGGCUGCCCGUCGGGAGCGAGCACGGUGGAAGCGUGAGGUGAAAUCCGCAGUGUUUCUCUUCAUCCUCAUCAUCAGCUUCGUCAUCAAUUUUCUGCCAUUUGUCAUCUUCGUCCUCACCUCCACCUUCAACGCCAAUUCAGCUGUCAGCCCACUUGCGUUCUCUUUGACUCACGUUUUGGUCUACUCCGUGGCGGCGAUUAACCCCUAUCUCUAUGGCUUUGGAAACAAGAGCUUUCGCCGCGCUGUCCUUUCUCUGUUCGGAAAAGGGCGCACGUCAUCAAAGGAUCCCAGUUUGACCACCAACAUAGCAUCUUCAAUAGCAGAAAAAUGA